GGUUCCUGGAGAACAUCCGCUUCCUUCCUUAUUUAGCCUAGACAAGGGACCAGUGUAACGGAGUCGUAAUGGAAUCAGAUCUCGAUCGCGUCUCCGCCGACCCGCGCCCGGAGCCGUUGCUUCUCCUCCUUCCCCCCGUCUCCUCGCCGUCGCCGUGUCGUCGUUGUAGUUGCAUUCCUGACAUCACCUACUCAGUAGUAGACAGUCGUCCUCCUGUUCCAUGGCGUGCAGCGGGAUCCAUGGGGAUUUCGGGUCGCGUCUGUCAUUGCAGCUGCAGAGAAUUACGUGACCGAUAUCGCGGGAGUUUUUUUUUUCAAAGCUUCAUUUUCAAUGGUGUCUAUCCUCAUAACCCCAACCCGAGUCGCCGUGUCUCUCCUACACUCUCGUUGAACCCUCUGCUUCCAUUCCUUUCGUUUUAUAUUCCCGCUUGUCGUAUGGCAUUCAUUCCUUUAGCGUAUUAGUUGGAACUAUAUUGUAGGAUGAACUUCAACAUACAACCGCGACGACCGAGUAUGCAGCCCCCAGCCGUCGCUGCCUCCCCUUCCGUGCUCACCAUCAGCGAGAAGAUGCUCAAGAACAGAGUAUCAGACCAGUCUUUCGCCGCUGCCAACAGGAAAGCGUCUAUCAAGUCAACCACAAGCGCUUCCCCUCCAAACACGAACCAAAACACUUCAAACCCAAACAACAAAUCUCCAAACUCCCACUCUUCGUCCACUACAAACAACAUCCCCCCCGACCCAGCCCUCGCCGACGAGCUCGACUAUAUCACCGUAGCCGUCCCCGACAAGCUCUCCAUUGACAAGAACGACCCACCGCGGCCCGUCCGUCAGCUUGAUAAGGCCUCUCGCAUCCUGGGCAUUACUCACAGAAAGUCCAUGGAACCCAUCCCUGCAUCCAACAGAACGUCCAUCGUCUCAACCCGCUCCGUGCCAAACACCCCUACACAGCACACCCCAACCCUUCCCCUCACUUCCCUCUACGUCGUCUCAGGUCUUCCCAAGAGCCCUCACACUUGGACACUUGCGGAUCCUGAUGCUGUCCUUGGCCUUCAUCACUCCGAAGGUGCAGUCGCUCGCUGGUGGCGGCCUGAAGUCCUAGGGAGCACAAUCUCUCCUGGCGCAGGAGGCGGCAAGAAAAAGAAAAAGGGCAACAAGGGCGAAGAGGUCCUCAAGGGUGCUGGUGCCCUCUCAAAAGCUGAAGUUGCCAAGAUGCUCUCAAAAACCCUCAAGCUGUCCUUCCCUCGCGAGAUCGAGAUCAUCGCGUCUACUCUCCAACCAGCUAGCACAGUACACACCUUCACUUUUACUCUCCCCGCUCCUUCCACACCCCUUGCUCCCGUUCCUUCAGACCUAGGCUUACUUCGUUCCUCAGUCCUUACCGCAGAUCGCUCCUCAGCGGCGCCCACCUUUGCUUACCCUUAUACUGAUGACCCGUUUGCCAAUGCCCGUCCUUCCUCCGCCUAUCUCGGCCCCCCUUCGGUUCUCGCACCACCUCCCACUGCACCUUCUUCUCCGUUAUACGAGAAGCAGACGAGCACGAGCGUCGGGAGUAGCGGUACAAUCACCUACCACGGUGUCUGCCUUACAGUUUGGAGCCACGCCGACGCUGAGAGAAGUGCUGCUAUCCGUCGUACACUGGAGGCCGGCCGUUCAAGGAAGGAAAGUGCGCAGUCCUUGGUUGCAUCACGUCUCAAGGUUCUUCGGUCUUCCAUCGGGCCCGGGUCGAGCAGUGGCUCCCCAGGGGAGUCCGGGCGCCGCACGGGAAAACGCAGCGGGAGGGGCCCCUGGACUGGAACUGACGGUGAAACCGACGGUGAAGGCGCCGAGACCGACGCCGGUGCUAUAAGCGAGAGCGAUUUCGACAUCGCAAGCACGGUAAAUGGUCACGGUCCCGGUGAGAGCACACUGUUCCUUCCAGGAGACACUGUGUUCUGGUUACCCUAUGCAUUAGCACUCGUAUCCCGGCACCCUAUCUAUGAUCUCAUGCGUGAUUACCUUACCCUCUCGUGGGCACGCUUCUCAAAAGAUGUGCAGUCGCACACUCUGCAGAUUUCUAAGAUCCUUGCCCACCCUGCUCCUCGUGCCGGGGAGCUCAUUAAACUGGAUGCUUCUCUAAUUCCAGUUCCUGCAUCCUCCCGACCUGGCUCCAACGUUGGCUCCAGCGGAGCGGAGAGGUCCGAAGAAACGAAUCUGGAAGUUAUCGCACGUUUUCCGGGCGGGCUUGACUUUGGCAGGGGACUUGUAGAUAUUAACUUCACGAUGUGGCCGUUGUUCAAGGCGUUAAAUAUCGAUAAUAUUUUAACGUGUUGCGAGAUUGCGUUAGCACCAACUGGACGCAUCCUCUUCUAUUCUAGGCACCCAGCGAUGCUCGGGACUGCCGUUUCUACUAUCAAGUAUCUCGUCGAAUUGCGUGGCUGGAACGGUAUCGCUCUUCCUGCAGUACAUGCACGUGAUGCGAAGAUAUACAUCGAUGACCCCGGACCGUGGAUACUCGGUUUGGCCACCGAGGCUAGGUAUGCUGUACGACCUGCACCGGAAGUUUGUGUAGUCGAUUUGGACAUAAACUAUUUGAGCUGCCCAUCACCUCCUCCGGGUGUCGUUUCUACCAAGCAGCAGAGAGACAAGUAUAGGCUGCGGUUGUUAUCUGCCUUCGAACCCCAUUAUCAUCCCGAUCAUUGUGUGCCAUCUGAGUUUAAAGAAGCCUUUCCUGCAGGCCGAUUCCGUCCUGUGUGUAAGGUUCAGGCAAAGAGGGGCGGUGAGAUGGCGGCAGUUGCUGACACCAUUAAACCCCCCGAAUGGUGGCACUCAACAAGGAUCAUUCAAGCAUUCGACGCCGUCCUCGAGGACAAGUUCAGGAAACCGUCCCUUCUUAAGCGUCUGUCCUUUUUUGGCAGUAUACGUCGGCCACCUCAACUCACUGCUGCUGAGCAACACAUUCAACUCUCCAUCCGCAAGCGUGCUACUGCAUUUGUCGAUGCUCGUGAUGACCUUGAGACUAAGAUCGGUCGACUCUCCCGUCGGCUUAACUUCCUUAUGACUGAGGCUGACUUGUGGCGAGACAAAUUCGUGACGUUUGAGCAGUACGCGGAGAGACUGAGUGGCGAGGCUGAGCAACUGAGGAGUAAAAUUGGUAAGGAGCAGAGGGAGACGAAGCGGCUAAGUGGACUGGUGUCCAUGACAGCUGCCGAAAAGGUGACGUUGCAGCAGCGACUCGCUGAAACCGACAAGGCACACAAAGAAGCUUUGAUCGAGCUUCACCGCAUGCGCGAGACGAUGGAACGCAUGGAGGAAGAGCGAGCGGAAAUGGUUGCAGAAGUCGAAGCACAGAUCGAACGUGCCCUCGCCUCUAUGGCUGUUGACGUCGACGAAUCUGAAUAUGGUGGUGAGAUUAGUACUCGUCCCGGUUCGCGGAUGUCCGCCUCUACUCGAUCCGCAAGUGGCGCACGGUCAAGGCGGGCGAGCGAUGCUGUGAAAAGCGGUAGUGGCGAUGGAGGAUCGAGACUGCGCAGCGUCGGGACGGAAUCCACGCUAGCGGAGUCGUACGGUGACGUGGACGACACCCUUGUUCACAGCAGAGCCGACAGGGAGGCGAACACUAUAACAGAGGAGGAAGCUAUUUCCAUCUCGCCCACCCGCAAGAAGCGAUUCUCCGCAACUCAAGAGGAGAUCGUUCAGGAUGGAAUGGUGGCUGUCGAUGAAGGUAUCAGUGAACGUAGCGAUAGGAUAGCACAGAAGGUCCUGCAAAUUCAACAAAAGCUGGAGAACGCGCUAGCCUCAGAGCGUAUUCAGGACUGGAAAAAUAAAUCGCUUGGCCGUCAUGCGUCGGGUUCGGGCUAUGGCACAGACGAUCGUGCGGAAGAAAGUUCCGAUGCCGCAAUCCCAGUCCGUGCACACCCUCCUAGAGGCACUAAGCUCGUCAACCACCCUCCCACGAGGGGAAAGCGUAGGGAACGCAGCGAUACCAGUUCAACGAGUCACACAGGCUCGGCUACGACUAUCACGCGGGGUUCUGUUGACAUUGUCUCUACCCCUCGCCGCUCACCGUCGUUAAACCGCGAGAACCCCCCUGACCAUCUUGAAUCCGAAGCAACUGGGAGCGUUGCAACUGAAGAUACUAUGACACCGUCGACGGAAGCAUCGUCAAUGCGCAAGGUCACCUCUGGUGCCUCUUUGGGUGCUUUGUUACCUGAAGCAUUUGCUACAACACCGACCACACCCGCACUGACGCCCGCCUUAUCAUCCACCACAGAUGACUCUGAUACCGAUUUCCAAAGCGCCUAUUCGACUAGCCCACGCCACAGCUACGGCAGUUUUGACAGUAAUCACGCUGCAGUCAAUGAGUCGGACGACUCGGGGAAUGCCACAGAUCGCACUGGGGAGAAACACGUAACCGAGUUUACCAAGCUGCCCGUAAGAGAACGUCUCUCUAGUACGGCAACAGCAAUCCUUCAGGUGCAGCCGAGUCCAACUUCUAGCGACGUUACCGUCGCAUCCAGGGCUCGUGUCCCCUCAGCGCGCCGCCAGGACACAACUGUCUAAGCAAUUUCAGAUACCCCAUGCUCUCUUUGUUAGAUUAUUAUUAUUCUUCCAAUUUCCAAAGUCACAGUUAAACUAUUCCGCUCGCUUGCCCGUUUCUAUACAUUUUUUGUAGUGUCACAAAUAUCCAUCUCCAUGCAGCUUACUAUGACCCGAA